GAGGAAAAAAAAAAUGUCGAGUGUCAUGUUUGUCCUCGCCGGCGCUCUAUCACGAACUCACUGGGUGUGCACUGACGAACACUGACUGCAUGAUGGGGAUUUUGGACUGAGGCCAUCAUUUUCAGCUCCUCAUCAAUGUGCCAACCCCGCUGACCUCAGUUCUCCAGCAGGCCUCGGCAGAUGACAGCUGGCACACAAAUUUCGGAUGGGUUUUUAGAAGUCGCUGAAGAGUCAUCACCCCUGAUGCUCAGCUGCAAGCUUGUUGGAGGUGACGGGAAUGAAUAGCGGCAGCCGGACCCUUCUCAAGUGCGAAUUAGCAAUUUAGGACAGGAAACACCAGAGAAGCAGAGCAGUAUGAAGACUCGACCUGGACUAAAGCAGUCUGUGGGUGUUGUCAGGUGGAAGAGGAUCCUGAUGAAUUGGAAGAGUGUGCAGAGGCCUCAGAUGGAGCCGACUGAGGGUGAGAACAAGGAGCAGUUCUGCAAGCGGCGCACUGAUGAGGAUCAUCUGUCCACAGGCUGCCUGAAAAUGCUGAACGGGCAGGGCCAGAGUAUUGAGCUUUGCGCUGCGCCUCGGUUGAGCGUCGUCACUGUGGGUUGUUCUGAUGGGAACGGUGGCAGUGGCGGGCGGUGCGUUUGGAGCCGGCGGUGGAACCCGUGUCUUUGUGCGCACUCGAGUGCUCUUUGGCAAGGCGUGUUGGAGAUGGUCAGCGAGUUGUUUGGCUUGUCUGGAUCCAGAGCAACUUUGUGGCGUUUGUCAGUUGGGAAGCUGCUUUGUAGGCGACAGUGUAGGCAGGGUUGGAGGAAGGGCUCUGUCAUACCAUCAAGGAAAAACAUUUUGUCUGUGUUUCAGGGUCGCGCAGGCACCGGACCGCAUGAGGGGGGUCGCAAGAGGAUCUCGGACCAGGUGAAACAGCAGAGCCAUCGAACUCGCCGCCUUCCUGUCCAGUUGGAUCCCAGGUAAACUCCAGCCACCACCUAAAAGUCUUGGGGCGGUUUUGUCAGCGUCAACCCCCAUUUUUGACCCGAGUUUUCUGUCUCAAACGGCAUCUGAGUGCUGUACAUGAGACGGACGAACGGCCCAAGCUCCAGACGAAGAGGCUGAUGGGGCGCUUCCGACCUUCGCGACUCAGACUCCCACUGACGCAGCCGUCUCACACGCGCCCGAUCGGCCGCCGG